AAAUAGCUUUAAGAUGUGGCAGGUAUUAAUAAUUGUGGCCUUCCUUGGUGUACAGCUUGGUGCAACGGAUCAUCUUCCUGAAAAUCGGGAUGAGCUAAGUGAUUUGUUUCCCGUAACACUCAUUCACAUGAACGAUCUACACGCUAGAUUCGAUGAGACAUCAAACAAAUCGUCAAAAUGUAGGUCCGAUCUAGGCGAAGAGUGCAUCGCGGGCAUAGCACGCAUUCAGUAUGCCGUGUCGAAGUUAAAGAGUGAGUUCUACAACCACACGCCGCUGUUCUUAAAUGCCGGCGAUAACUAUCAGGGAACAAUUUGGUACAACUACUACCGAUGGAAAGUCGUAGCCCAAUUCAUGGAACUGCUGCAUCCCGAUGCGAUGACGCUUGGCAAUCACGAGUUCGAUGAUGGUUUAGAGGGCUUGGCACCAUAUUUGAGCCGUCUUCAAUCCGUGGGUAUUCCGACUUUGGUAUCAAAUUUGAUCGACAGUUCAGGCGGAAUUCCGAAGCUUCCUGCUUCGCUUGUUAUUGAACGUCGAAAACGGUUAAUCGGAAUCAUAGGAGUCAUUUACGAUAAAACCAAUGAACUAUCCAAAACGGGUGACUUGAAGUUUACAGAUUCCAUUGCCACGGUACGUGCUGAAGCCGAAAAGCUCAAGCAGCGCGGAGUUAACAUUAUUAUCGUAGUUUCACACUGCGGGCUAGAAAUCGACAAGCAAAUCGCGGCCGAAGCAGGCGAUCAUGUUGAUGUGAUCGUUGGUGGACAUUCACAUUCGUUUCUGUUUUCGCCAGACUCUGAUCAACCGUAUAACAAGCAGGAUACCAUCCAGGGCGAAUAUCCAGUGGUGAUUAAGAACGCCAAUGGUAGAAAGAUAUUGAUUGUGCAAGCGUAUGCGUACGGUAAGUAUAUUGGCCGCUUGACGACCUAUUUCGAUUCGGCUGGUGAGAUUGUGUACUGGGAAGGGUAUCCGGUGUACAUGCGACACGACGUUUAUCAGCAUGACAGCACAUUUCGGUUGGUUAAAAAGCUUCGAAAGCAAGUGAAGUCUUACGCAUCGACAAAGAUCGCUGAAACGAGGAUCGAUCUUGAGCAGGAAACGUGCCGUAUGCGAGAGUGUCGGCUGGGUAGCAUCUUUGCGGAUGCAAUCGCCGAUUACUACACGAAUGAAACAUUCCAUCCGGUAGCGAUUGUUAAUGCCGGGAACUUCAGAACACCCAUCCCAAGCGGAGACAUCACGAAUGAAGAUGCUAUCGGUGCGGCUCCGUUUUCGAACUCCGUCGAACUGCUGACGCUUCGUGGUGAUGCACUUUGGAAUCUCAUUGAGCACUCGGUGGUGUGGAGCGCGAGCAAAAGACUCAACGCGAUGCAGGUGUCGGGGAUCAAGAUCAUAGCCGAUCUCAAUCGUAAACCGUAUGCCAGGGUACUUACGAUCGAGGUGCAAGAUCUGCGCAGUAAGCACUACAAGCCCUUGAGCCGAACGGCCACUUAUCAAGUGGUGACACUGUCCUUUCUCGCCUCGGGCAAAGAUGGAUUCAAAUGGGCCCUAGAAUGUACCGAUCGGCAAAUUGGGCCACUAGAUUCGGAUGUUUUCAUCGGAUAUUUGAAAAAGUUGAAAGAAAUCACCGAGCAGAACCUUCGCAGUGGUAGGUUCUUCAUCAAUGGAACUGUUACAUCGUGAACAUGAAUAAAAAAAACGAUGAUGAUGAUUUGUUACAUAAAUUACGCCCUCA